AUGAGUGACCGAGGCAGAAAAUUAGUGCAACUAGCCUGCAGUAACAUCCUAGAAACAGUGGGAUCAGGUGCUUCCAGUAACACAUUUUCAAUGAGUGGACCCAGUGUUUCAACAGCAAAUGUAAACAAAAGCUGUCGUCUGCAGAACAAUAUAGAAGACAAUGACUCCUCCGAUCUUGAUGAAUUUCAAAUGAAUAUUGCCGCCCAACUGCACAAUAUUAUCAACGAUGAUUAUAGUACGACAGACUCGAAUGAUGAAACCGCUUCAUUCGGCAGUGACUAUUCGGAUGAAGAUCCGACUUAUGAGCCAGAUCCUAAGGAAUGUUCACCAAAGCAAAUGGAUUCCGAUUCUGAUUUUAUUCCCAAAAGUCCGAAUGUUUCAUUCAAACCGGAAGCUUUAUUUAUGGUGCUGAUUGAUGAAGUUUUAGAUCGAGUUUGGAUUUCUUUAGAAGGUGGCCAUUCAGCAGGAGCCUAUGUUCUAGAUUCAGAUUCAGAAAAGAAUGAACCUCAGCAGAAUGAUUCCGGCCAUGAUAUUAUUAUUCCUGAAACUCUCAGUCCAUAUAAAGAGCAGGAACGUUUCGUGCCGACACUUAACGACAUGUCUGGAGAAGGUAAAUGCAUAGGAAGAGAUCCUUUUUCUGUUUCAGAUUCAGAGGCCAAUACAUUAAAAGUAUUGAAAUCAACUAGCUCAAGCCAUAAUGACAGUAUGACCCCUGAAAGUUCGGAUGUUGGUUCACGAGUUGAAGACUCUGUUUAUUUAAUUUCGGACAAAAUUUUAGACGGAGUUUGGAGUCGUGUAAAACCCCUGAAGCGGCGUAAGCAAGCUAAGCCAUCUGAAUGGAAAAUAAAUAUCGCCAGAAAGCGAAAAAUUGAUGGGCUACCUUAUGUGACCCAAGGUAUUAAGCACCCUGCUAAAGUCCCAAAGCCAAUUAAAUGUGAUAAAUGCCAAUACAAAUGUACUGAAAAGUUUUCUGAAGAAGAACGUUGCAGUUUGUACCGUAAUUUUUACAGUAUGGAUUUUCGAGCAAGGAAGAACUUUAUUCUUUCAUGCAUAAAAGUUCAACCUGUUAAAACUAGAAAAGUGCAGAAGGCGUCUAAUAAAAAGGAGCGUUCAUAUAGUAAGAAAUGUUUCUUUCAGAAAAACAAUGACGGCAUCCAAGUUUGUCAAAAAUUUUUCAUGGCUACAUUGUGCAUUAGUGUAGAUGUUAUCUCCGAUGCUGUGAAUAAACAGGAUUCAUUAGGAUUGUAUGCCGGGGAUGAUAAACGUGGCAAGAAAAGCCCACCAAAUAAAACUAAAAAAGAAGAUGUUCAGCGGGUUAAGGACCACAUAAAAUGCUUUCCUGUAAUGGAUUCUCAUUACUGCCGUAAAGAUAGUAAGAAGAAGUACCUUUACCCUGACGCUAAAUCAGUUAUUAACAUGUAUAGAUUGUAUGAAGAUUCAUGUAAAGAGAAAAAUAAAAAUCCGGUUUCAGAGUCAAAAUACCGUGAUAUUUUUAAUGAAGAAUAUAAUUACAGUUUUUUCAGUCCGAAAAAAAGAUCUCUGUAACGUUUUUACAAAGUAUGAAAAAGCUUUGUCGAAAGAAGAACUAGAAGAUAAUUAUCAACAGCAUGUACAACGAAAGACGGUCUGUCAAAAUGCUAAGG